AAGCCGGGCAGGGGGCGGGGCGAGCGACGGUGACGCGGCCGUUGCCAUGGGAACCCACCGCCGGCUCGGGCACAGAAGCUGAAGCCGGAGCGCCACCGGCCUCGGGUUCUCAAGGCGAGUCUCGCUGCCAGGCCCCGGGACGGCAGAGGGAGCCGAGCGGGAGGCGGGAAGGGGCGGGUGCAGCCUCGAAGACGAAACCCCUGAGCAGCCUCAGCCGCCUCAACCGCGAGAGACAAGGACAAACGCGGAACAGCUCCCGCCCGGCACCCGGAUUCCGCGCCCAGCCAGCCGCCCAGACGCGGACAGCACGGUCCAUCCCCGCCCCAGCGCCGCUCAUUCUCAGCCCGACCCACGACCUCUAAGCCUCGGUAGUCCGGGCCCGCUCUGCCUGUGACCCCGGCCCUCCUCGAGGCACCGCCACCCUCCGCCCCAUCCCCGGCCCUGGAGGUCCAGCCGCGGGCACGAUGCUGCCCAGCUCCAUCCAGAUUUCGGGAGAACCUCUGUCAGGCGCCGAGGUGCGGGACAUCUGCCGCGGCCUGCGCGACAACGCCGUGCGCCUGCUCUCACUGCGCGGCUGCCGCCUCUGCGACCGCGACUUCGGCCGCAUCUGCCGGGCCCUGGCUGGGGCCACGUCCCUGGCGCAGCUCAACCUUAACCUGGGCGUCGUGUCCAGCCCCAGCCGCAUCAAGCAGCUGGCAGAGGCGCUGCGGACCAACCGCUCCAUCCAGUCCCUCUUCCUGCAUGGGAGCCCUUUGACAGAUGCCGGGCUGGCCUUGCUGAACCCAGCCUUGGCACUCCACCCUGCCCUUGUGGCUCUGGACUUGGGGGACUGCAUGCUGGGCGAUGAAGCCAUCAACCUCAUCUGCGGCCUCCUCCCCCCAGACGGGGCCAAAUCUGGCUUGAAGGAGCUAACACUGAGUGCCAACCCUGGCAUAACCCCUAAGGGCUGGAGCCGCCUUGCCAUCGCUGUGGCCCACAGCUCCCAGGUCCGCGUCCUCAAUCUGGACUACAAUCCCCUGGGUGACCAUGUGGCAGGAAUGUUGGCUGUAGCUGUGGCCUCCAGCCGUACCCUAGAAGUUCUAGACUUGGAGGGCACAGGGCUCACCAACCAGUCAGCUCAGACCCUGCUGGACAUGGUAGAAAACUACCCCACAGCUUUGCGGAGUCUGGUGUUGUCUGAGAACAGCAUUAGCCCUGAGCUGCAGCAGCAGAUCUGUGACCUCCUCUCUGAGGGGGAGGAGGAAGAGGAGGUCGCAGGAGGGGCUGGUGACACCCAAGAAUGGGAGAGAGGCAGGGAGCCUACUGCCCACCAGAGGGGCAGUAGCUCCUGGAUGUGCCCCAGCGAUCCCAGCUCUCAGAUGGUACUAAUGACAUCAGGACUAGGGGACAGUCUGUUGGCUGAGACCGAGAUGUGACUCUCCACUUGGGCUUCUGCACAUCAUUACAUCUAUGUUCGCAGCACCUCACCCCAGAUAUCAGGGUCAGGCCCUGGACCUUGGGAAGAAGCAGGGUGGGUUGCCUCCAACCCUGGAAGCUCCUGGCAGUGUGACGGGGAAGGAAGCUUUGUAAGCUGUGACUGGGCAACAGCCUUGGGGGGGACCCUGAACUCAAGGCAAUGCCUUUGGACUUGCUGGCAGCUCUAGCUGCAACCCACUGGCUCGGAAGAUAUUUUAUGAAUUCCA